CUCAUUGGUUUAUUCAAACUUUAGGCAUACGCUACGUUUAAAUUUCAACUUAAAACACAUUGUAAGCAACUAAUCUUUGAUGAGCUGCUGCCCGUCUGACACUGAAGUAGCUGCUGGCUGUGGCUGUGUCUGUGAUACUAGUGGACCGCCAGUCUUGGCUUGCUUCAAUAGGGAAGACAUCCAUGCAUCAUGGUUUCCUUAUCCGGAUGAGGUAAUCUUGAGUCUGCUGGACAACCUGCUUUACUUUGCAGGCGCCACUAAAAUUGUGCAUCUAUGGAACUUGGCGAAAUUGGGUACAACCAUAUCUUUGGGCGGCAGCCUGAGCAAGGAGCAACUGCCACCCACUCAGCGUGCCAGCGCCACCACUUUGUAUAGCAUCAAAGCGCCAAGUAGCCGCAGCAGCUGGUCUAAGUUCGCUACUGCACGCAACAGCAUUAAAAGCUGUCUGUCCGCAUCCAAGGCGGCAUCUAUGUACCUCUCCAGCAGCAGUCCGAAGCCAUCGGGAAGUUGCGUAUCACUUAGAAAACCCAUUGCCUGUUGUUCAUCCAAAUCCACCAGCUUUAAGCCAAAUUGUAUUGGUGUGCCGCCGCCCUCGCGUCCACGCACACCGCGCGUUGACUUUGCCAAUCCUGUUAGCGAGUUUAGCCGCAUACAAGGCGGGUCCGGCACUGGACCGCCGAUGCGACUCAGGAAAAUGCUCGCCGACUGUUGCCCCUCAUGCCAACGUAUCAAAGCUAAAAUAAACUCCACUCUGCCAUCGCAUGCGAAUGGGCAGAAGUGGCUCUGGACGCGUUUCGUCAACACCGACAAUGGCUGCAAAGUCUAUGAGGUUUAUAAGAAUUCAGACGUGGAGCGCUCUCCAACACAAUUGGCAGGCAAUAAGGAACCGGUGAUAUACUUUUUGGUAAUGCCCACUGGCCAUAUCUUACCCUUUGAGACGGUAUCGUCGCUUUAAUAAGACAAGCCAACUGAAAUUUUAUUGUGUUUAGCUAUGACUAUACCACGUAUUAGUUUUUAUAAAAAUAUGCAACAUAAUAUAGCAUAGAA